GCCCUGCGUCGCCACCUGCGCUCCAACCCUGCGGUCGCCUCCUACGGGCCCACGGCAUGGCCCUGUCUCCCGAAACCGCCGAGAUGCCGCGCCAAUUUCCCAAGCUGAACAUCUCUGAAGUGGAUGAGCAAGUCCGGCUCCUGGCCGAGAAGGUGUUUGCUAAAGUGCUCCGAGAAGAAGACAGCAAAGAUGCCUUGUCUCUCUUCACCGUCCCCGAGGACUGCCCCAUCGGGCAGAAGGAAGCAAAGGAGAGGGAGCUUCAGAAGGAGCUGGCGGAGCAGAAAUCUAUUGAGACCACGAAAAGAAAGAAAAGUUUCAAGAUGAUUCGGUCCCAGUCCCUGUCUCUGCAAAUGCCAACACAGCAAGAUUGGAAGGGCCCUCCAACAGCCAGUCCGGCCAUGUCUCCUACAACCCCUGUGGUCACUGGAAUUACUUCCCAGCCUGUACCAGCACCCUAUACCAUGCCUGAGUUCCAGCGGGUCACCAUCAGUGGAGAUUACUGUGCUGGGAUCACUGUGGAAGACUAUGAGCAGGCUGCCAAGAGCCUAGCCAAGGCCCUGAUGAUCCGGGAGAAGUAUGCAAGGCUUGCUUACCACCGCUUCCCACGGACCACAUCCCGAUACCUAGGUCAUCAGCGAGCUGACACUGCCCCUCUAGAGGAGGGUCUCCCAAACUUCCACCCUCCCCCAAAGCCCCAGGAAGACCCCUACUGCCUAGAGGAUGUACCUCCCAACCUGGGCUACUUGGUCCACAUGCAGGGGGGCAUCCUUUUCGUGUAUGAUAACAAGAAGAUGCUGGAACGCCAGGAGCCCCACAGCCUGCCCUAUCCUGACCUGGAGACCUACACAGUGGACAUGAGCCACAUCCUGGCUCUCAUCACUGAUGGCCCCACGAAAACAUAUUGCCACCGGCGACUGAACUUUUUGGAAUCCAAGUUCAGCCUUCACGAGAUGUUAAAUGAAAUGUCCGAAUUCAAAGAGUUGAAGAGUAAUCCCCACCGAGACUUCUAUAACGUGAGAAAGGUGGACACACAUAUCCAUGCAGCUGCCUGUAUGAAUCAGAAGCACUUGCUGCGCUUCAUUAAGCACACCUACCAGACGGAGCCUGACAGGACUGUAGCCGAGAAGCGGGGCAGGAAGAUCACCCUACGGCAGGUGUUCGACAGCCUGCACAUGGACCCCUACGACCUCACUGUGGACUCUCUGGAUGUCCAUGCGGGCCGGCAGACUUUCCAUCGUUUUGACAAGUUCAACUCCAAGUACAACCCUGUGGGAGCUAGUGAGCUGCGUGACCUCUAUUUGAAAACUGAAAACUACCUAGGAGGAGAGUACUUUGCUCGAAUGGUCAAGGAGGUGGCCCGGGAGCUGGAGGAGAGCAAGUACCAGUACUCGGAGCCACGGCUCUCUAUCUAUGGCCGCAGUCCUGAGGAGUGGCUCAACUUGGCCCGCUGGUUCAUACAACACAAGGUCUACUCACCCAACAUGCGCUGGAUCAUCCAGGUGCCCCGGAUCUAUGAUAUAUUUAGGUCAAAGAAGCUGCUGCCAAGCUUUGGGAAGAUGCUGGAGAACAUCUUCCUGCCCCUUUUUGAGGCCACAAUCAACCCUCAGGAUCACAGAGAGCUUCACCUUUUCCUCAAAUAUGUGACAGGGUUUGACAGCGUGGAUGAUGAGUCGAAGCACAGUGACCACAUGUUCUCGGACAAGAGCCCCAGCCCAGACAUCUGGACCAGUGAGCAGAACCCGCCCUACAGCUAUUACCUGUACUACAUGUACGUCAACAUCAUGGUGCUCAACAAUCUCCGCAGGGAACGAGGCCUGAGCACUUUCCUGUUCCGGCCUCACUGUGGGGAGGCUGGCUCCAUCACCCACCUGGUGUCUGCUUUCCUGACUGCCGACAAUAUUUCCCAUGGGCUGCUCCUCAAGAAGAGUCCGGUAUUGCAGUAUCUCUACUACCUUGCUCAGAUCCCCAUUGCGAUGUCACCUCUUAGCAACAAUAGUCUGUUCCUCGAAUAUUCCAAAAAUCCUCUGAGGGAAUUCCUGCACAAGGGACUGCACGUUUCUCUCUCCACCGAUGACCCCAUGCAGUUCCACUACACGAAGGAAGCACUUAUGGAAGAGUAUGCGAUUGCAGCCCAAGUGUGGAAGCUGAGCACGUGUGACCUGUGUGAAAUUGCCAGGAACAGCGUGCUGCAGAGUGGCCUCUCACAUCAGGAAAAACAAAAGUUUCUGGGACUAAAUUAUUAUAUAGAAGGACCUGAAGGAAAUGACAUUCGAAAGACAAAUGUUGCUCAGAUCCGGAUGGCAUUUCGUUACGAGACCUUAUGCAACGAGCUCAGCUUCCUGUCCGAUGCCAUGAAAUCAGAAGAGAUCACAGCCCUGACCAAAGAGGUCCAUGGGACAUGCAUUUGAACUUUUUGGUUUAAUUUCAGGUCUGCUGUGACUAACAGUGGUCAAGAUACCAAACUAGGACUUUACUCCAUGGAGAGGAUGCCUCUGAAGAACUUUCAAACUAGUGAUUUUUGGUUGCACUGUUCACUUUAAGAUCUAACAUGCCCACUUCUGUUCAUGUGUCUGAGUAAUAGAUGAUGACUUUUCUUUGGAGAUCAGGGAGCUGGGCACUUGUCUGAACACGUUCCUAGUUUUCCAAAUAUUUCUUUAGAAACCGCCAGUGCAUAUGUUGUAGGGGCCAGGAUUUUCCAGUCAAAUGCCAGGUGAUAUGAGGAUUGUGUGGUUUUUGUCCUCCUCUAUAGGCCCUGUAAGCUGGUUGGUAGUCGUUCAUUUCAGCCUUGGUGGGCUGGCUGCCUUAAAAUCCAUUUCAAAGCUCCCUUUCAUAAAGGGGCUAUUUUGAAAAAAUUAAAAUAGAAAAAUUGUUUUGACAAUUUGUGUUUUUUUAAAAUGAAUUUCUUAAAGUGUUUUAUUUAGGCCCCAUUUCUAUUUAGGAAGCCAAAUGU